CGAAAGUGAAAGGUAACCUGAAAGCGUUUGAGAGAACAUUGAGCUGUAUGCUGAUUGUGCAACUUCAGUGAUGUACAGGUUUUGUGUGUUGACGAUAUUAGUCAUACAGGCCGCUGCGGACACUUUGUAUUUUUCACAACAUGAGGAUGUAAACCCUGCCCAGCCAGCCAGUUCUGAUGGGGUCAUGUGCCCUGACGGGAGGUCAGAGUGUGCUAUAGGGCAGACCUGCUGUCAACUCAACUCAGGGGCUUAUGGCUGCUGCCCUUACCCUAAGGCUGUUUGCUGCAAAGAUCAUCUGCAUUGCUGCCCUGAGAGAUCUAGGUGUGACCUCCGGCGUAAGAAGUGUUCCCGCAGAGAAGAACAGCUUCCCCUAGCUGUUCAUUUACCUGCCAGACUUGUUGAUGAAGACAACACUAACCACCUGAAAAAAGAGAUCAUACUGUUAACAGAGGAGGAAAACGAAUUGCAGCAAGAGGAAAAUAAACUCAUUGAAAACAAAAUCACAUUGACAGAGGAAAAAAUUAAGUUGACAGAGGAGGAAAUACAGUUAGCGCUGAAUGAAAAUCAGUUGACUCAAAAUAAUGUAAAGCUGAUACAAAAAGAAGAGGUAAUGACAGAAAACAAAGUUCUGUUGACAGAAAAUGAAUUGGGUAACGAAGUGAAUGUGACUCUAAAGAAGGAUGUUGUGUGUCCAGGUGGUCAGUCUCAGUGUCCAGAGGGAAGCACCUGUUGUAAACUGGCCUCUGGUCAGUAUGGAUGCUGUCCUUUACCAAAGGCAGUGUGUUGCUCUGACCACACCCACUGCUGUCCCUCAGGCACAACUUGUGAUACCAGUCAGGGCAAAUGUAACAGAGGUGAGAUCAGCACCCCUUGGCUGAAGAAACAACCUGCCCUGCCCAGAGUGAGCGUUAGCAAUGUGGUGUGUCCAGAUGGUCAGUCCCAGUGUCCAGAUGGAAGCACCUGUUGUAAGCUAGCCUCUGGUCAGUACGGAUGCUGUCCCUUACCGAAGGCUGUGUGUUGCUCCGACCACACCCACUGCUGUCCCUCAGGCACAACCUGUGAUACCAGUCAGGGCAAAUGUAACAGAGGUGAGAUCAGCACCCCCUGGCUGAAGAAACAGCCUGCCCUGUCGAGAGCAAGUGUUGGCAGUGUGGUGUGUCCAGAUGGUCAGUCCCAGUGUCCAGAUAAAAGCACCUGUUGUAAACUGGCCUCUGGUCAGUAUGGAUGCUGUCCCUUACCAAAGGCUGUGUGUUGCUCUGACCACACCCACUGCUGUCCCUCAGGCACAACCUGUGAUACCAGUCAGGGCAAAUGUAACAGAGGUGAGAUCAGCACCCCCUGGCUGAAGAAACAGCCUGCUCUGUCGAGAGCAAGUGUUGGCAGUGUGGUGUGUCCAGAUGGUCAGUCCCAGUGUCCAGAUAAAAGCACCUGUUGUAAACUGGCCUCUGGUCAGUAUGGAUGCUGUCCCUUACCAAAGGCUGUGUGUUGCUCUGACCACACCCACUGCUGUCCCUCAGGCACAACCUGUGAUACCAGUCAGGGCAAAUGUAACAGAGGUGAGAUCAGCACCCCCUGGCUGAAGAAACAGCCUGCUCUGUCGAGAGCAAGUGUUGGCAGUGUGGUGUGUCCAGAUGGUCAGUCCCAGUGUCCAGAUAAAAGCACCUGUUGUAAACUGGCCUCUGGUCAGUAUGGAUGCUGUCCAUUGACAAAGGCCGUGUGUUGUUCUGACCACAUCCACUGCUGUCUCUCAGGCACAACCUGUGAUGUCAGUAAGGGCCAGUGUCUACGAGGCUACAGUACAAUACGCUGGCAUGAGAUGCCUUUGUCCAGGCCGGUCAGCAAGCUAACUGAGACGGACAUCAAAUGUCCAGAUGGUCAGUCAGAAUGCCCAGAUGGAAACACCUGUUGCAAACUGCCCUCUGGCGAGUAUGGAUGUUGUCCGUUGCCAAAGGCUGUGUGUUGCUCUGACCACACCCACUGCUGUCCAACUGGCACUACCUGUGAUGUGAAGGAGGAGAAGUGCAUCCGGGGCCACAGCAGUUUUCCAUGGGUCACCAAACUGCCUGCCAGACCAUCUGUCAAGUCUGUACAAAAGAACAUUGAGUGUCCAGACGGUCAAUCCCAGUGUCCAGAUACGAGCACUUGUUGUAAGCUGGCCUCUGGUCAGUAUGGCUGCUGUCCGUUUCCAAAGGCCCAGUGUUGUUCAGAUCACAGACAUUGCUGUCCACAAGGAUCCAGCUGUGAUGUCAGCAAGGGAAGCUGUGAUAAGGGUGAGGUUAGUGUUCCCUGGGCAGAGAAACAACUGGCCGUCCCAAAACAUUAGGGACGUUUGCCUUAAGGAAGAUACACACCAUCAACCACAACGCGCAGAAAAUUGAACGGCAUUAUGGCUAAGACAAGGCUUAAAUUUUGUAUUUGAGUUUUGCUUUGUCUAGCUCUAGAGCAGGCAUUUAUUUUUGAUUCUGAUCUUUGUACCUGUGUUCUUGCAUGCAUGGUGCAUUAAAUAUAAUAUAGCAUUACACAGAUUCAUUCAGAAGAAAAGCAGAAGAAUUCUAAUUCGUCCUGUUCAUCGGCUUACGGGCAUGAAAGUGCGUGAAAGGGCGUGAAAUCCGUUUUAGGUAACUCUCUUGUAAAAAUCACUUUGCUUGAUUAUGUUUCUGAAGAAUGACGAUUUCAUUUAAGUUAGAAUUACAGGAAAUGGACCACAUCUAAGUGGAUGCCAUUAUUAGUUGAUUUCAAGUUUUCAAAUAAUAGUACAUACCAGGCAUAUCCUAGCCACAUAUUCUGGCAAGCUUAAAUCUCAUCAAUUACUGUUAGCUAGGUACAUGUUCGCUGUAAGUUUCCUUAUCAUUAUCUAUUCUGACAAAAACAUUUAAACUUAUAAGCUGUGGUUGUGUGUUUGUAAGUUUUUAUUUUUUUUUUGUUUUUUUUUUGUUUUAGGAAGAUUAAUAAAUAUUGUAGCAUAUACUGAUGAUAUACAAAAAAGAUUUUAAAAAAAGCUAAAAAGAGAUAAAAAAAACGUCCACCCAGAAAUGAAAAACAGUGGAGAAAAUUCUUGUGAAAAUUGUAAAAUUGGGAAAGUUAAGAGUACUGAUUCCCUUGAUGUUGACUGUUGUGCUACACGUAUUUACAUUUUUUAGAUUAUAUAUGUAUAUAUUCUUUACUUCAAAACACUUGUACUAUUUGUAAAACUUUUGAAAUGUUUCAGUCCAGGUUCGCAUUAUGUUUUUUUCAUUUUGUUCUGUCUUGUUUGGUGUAUGGUUUAUGUUUAUUAAUGUAUCUGUUAAUCUUGGAGUUCCAGAAUUUUAGACCAUGUGUGGUCACUUUGUCCAGAAAACAGUGGCUCAUACAUUCCUAUUGUUUGACAAAGACAAAGGUGACGUUUUUAUGCUCGCCAUUGUGUGAAUCUCGUACUGAUUUUGUAUUGAAGUGAUAUUUUGUUCAUGCGUGAUGUAGGAUUUGAUAUUGAAAUGGUAUUUUGUCCAUGCGUGAUGUAGGAUUUGAUAUUGAAGUGGUAUUUUGUCCGUGGGUGAUGUAGGAUUUGAUAUUGAAGUGGUAUUUUGUCCGUGCAUGAUGUAGGAUUUGAUAUUGAAGUGGUAUUUUGUCCGUGCGUGAUGUAGGAUUUGAUAUUGAAGUGGUAUUUUGUCCGUGCGUGAUGUAGGAUUUGAUAUUGAAGUGAUAUUUUGUCCGUGCGUGAUGUAGGAUUUGACACUGUUUGUGACAGCAUUAUGACUUGAAGUUUUGAAAACAUUGGGCUUUGUAUGAAGGCAAGUAAAGCAAGAAGACUUUGAUCUUCUUACCCCAGAGGAGAAGCAGUCUGCAAGACUUUCAUGUGCACUACUCUGUAUGGUCACUGUAUGUCACUGAACAGAAAAAUCCCAGUACAGUACAGAAGAGUUUUGAUCCUUGUACUGCCUACCAGCUGCAUUGCGUGGCCCAAUAUUAUGAAGCAUAGUGUACAGAGUAAUUUUUCCACAGUACAGUGUGGUGCACUGAAGUACAAGAUAUCGGUGAGUCACACCGCACUGCACAUUGGUGAGCCACAUGGUGUAAAUCAAUGUAUCACACUGUACCGUGAGCCAUACUGAACUGUGCACCAGCGAGUCACACUGAACUGCGCACCAGCGAACCACACUGAACUAUGCACCAGCGAGCCCCACUAUACUGUGCAACAGCGAGCCACACUGUACUGUACACCAGCGAGCCACACUGUACUGUACACCAGUGAGCCACACUGUACUGUGCACCAGCGAGCCACACUGUACUGUACACCAGCGAGCCACACUGUACUGUCCACCAGUGAGCCACACUGAAGUGGACGCCAGGGAGCCACACUGUACUGUACACCAGGGAGCCACACUGUACUGUGUACCAGAGAGCCACACUGUACUGUACACCAGGGAGCCACACUGAACUGUACACCAGCGAGCCACACUGUACUGUACACUAGCGAGCCACACUGUACUGUGCAACAGCGAGCCACACUGAACUGUGCACCAGCACGCCACACUGUACUGUGCAACAGCGAGCCACACUGAACUGUCCACCAGCGAGCCACACUGUACUGUGCACCAGCGAGCCACACUGUACUGUCCACCAGCGAGCCACACUGUACUGUGCACCAGCGAGCCACACUGUACUGUACACCAGUGAGCCACAAUGUACUGUACACCAGCGAGCCACAAUGUACUGUGCACUAGCGAGCCACACUGUACCGUGCACCAGCAUGCCACACUGUACUGUGCACCAGCACGCCACACUGUACUGUGCACCAGCGAGCCCCACUGUACUGUCCACCAGCGAGCCACACUGAACUGUA